UACAACCGAUGAGCUUGUGGAGGGGUAACUGGCAUCUCUUUAAGAGAGAGAUUGCAAACAGGCAGAUUCCUAACUGCUGCCAGAAGUCUGUCAAAGGCUGCAAAGCCAUGACAUGGCUGUAAGGGUGGGAUGCUCUCAAGGGAAGUUGUGGCCUUCUUGGUGGCUUACCAUCAAAACAAGCAGCUGAUAGGAGAAAAGGGGCUGCUCCCAUGUAAACUGUACCUGCAGAAUGUCAAAAGAUACUUCAAAGGGAAGAUAAGUCUGGAUGCACUGAGCUAUGCCCCAACGAUCAUCUGGUUUCUGGACUGGUCAAACAUGGACAGCAUCUUGGACUACCUCUCUGGGUUCGGCCUGGCAACUUCAGCCUUUGUGUUGGUAACUGGAUGUGCUAACAUGAUCCUCAUGGCUGUCCUGUGGAUUCUCUACCUCUCGCUCGUCAAUGUUGGACAGAUCUGGUAUUCCUUUGGAUGGGAAUCACAGCUGCUGGAAACAGGCUUCCUGGGGAUAUUCCUUUGCCCACUCUGGACCCUCUCCCGAGUGCCCAGUUACACUCCUCCUUCCACCAUCGUCAUCUGGGGCUUUCGGUGGCUGAUUUUCAGAAUUAUGCUUGGAGCGGGAUUGAUUAAAAUUCGAGGAGAUCGCUGCUGGAGAGAGCUAACUUGCAUGGAUUAUCACUACGAGACCCAGCCGGUGCCCAACCCAAUAGCCUAUUUCAUGCAUCGCUCCCCAUGGUGGUUUCAUCAGUUUGAGACGUUAUUCAACCACUUCAUCGAGCUGGUGGUGCCGUUCUUUAUCUUCCUCGGGCGUCGCAUGUGCAUCGUACAUGGCAUUUUGCAGAUCCUUUUCCAGGUGCUUCUGAUUAUAAGUGGAAACCUGAGCUUCCUCAACUGGCUAACCAUCGUACCCAGCAUUGCUUGCUUUGAUGACGCCAGCUUGGCCUUCCUCUUCAGUUCCAGGCAAGGAGGUGUGAAAGACCAGCUGGUGCAGAUGCAAGUCAAGCAGGCAGCCGGAGAGCAGCUUCCUCUGAGAUACGGCUGCUACAUCCGCAAAGUGGUGAACAUCUCGUUUGGACUCCUGAUUGCUUAUCUCAGUGUCCCCGUUGUCCUAAACCUGCUUAACUCCAGACAAGUCAUGAACACCUCAUUCAACCCUCUCAGAAUAGUGAACACGUACGGAGCCUUUGGAAGCGUUACUAAGGAGAGGACAGAAGUCGUCAUUCAGGGAACGUCCAGCAUGGAUCCCAAUGAUCCCGCUGCUGUUUGGGAGGAGUAUGACUUCAAAUGCAAGCCCGGGGAUUUGAAGAGGAGGCCGUGCUUUAUUAGCCCCUACCACUAUCGCCUGGACUGGCUUAUGUGGUUUGCUGCUUUCCAGACCUAUGAGCAGAAUGAAUGGAUAAUCCACCUGGCUGGAAAGCUGCUGGCCCAGGAGGAGGCGGCACUGUCCCUGAUGGAAACGAACCCCUUUGCAGGCAGAGCGCCCCCGCGGUGGAUCAGAGGGGAGCACUUCAGGUACAAGUUUAGCCAGCCGGGAGGCAAGCACGCCAGCGACGGGAAGUGGUGGAUUCGGAAGAGGAUCGGGCCCUACUUCCCCCCCGUGAACCUCCAGGGCCUGAAGAAGUUCUACGAAGACAGGAGCUGGCCUUACCCCGCGCAGGCCUGACGGAGGGAACGGGCGAGGACACGGGCAACCGGCUGAGGAAGACAGGAGCAGUCACCUUCGUCACAAAUUACAGUUCUUGCGUCUAUCUGUAUUUUUUUACAUACCGAUGUUUACACAUAUUUUACAGUAGGUUCCCAGCCAACCUGUCCACCUGCUGCCGUGGUCUGGUUUUCCUCCUCUUUUUCUGGUUCUUUGUCCAUCUUUGUGUUUGUCUUUCUCUCCAUGUUCUUGCCUAAUGAUUGAUUUGUUUAGUCUAUCUGCUCCAUUAGAAAAUCAUCAGCUCGGAGUCAAGAAAAAGGUGAACAGAUACUGAGUCAAAUUAAUACUCCUAAUUUUACACAUUCCAGAUUUGCAACAAGCAUUUAUGAAGUGGUUUUUCACAGGCCCAGUAACUCUGGAAUUUCAAUUGAUUAUCAGGAAGGUAAAACUCAAAAGGGGUUGAAAAUUGCAACACGGACUUUAUUGGGAGAGGCUACCCAGAAGCAGAGCGCUCUCCCCCUUUCUCAUCUCCGUCUGCUUUGCCAACGCUCAGGGUCAAACCCGAGUCUCCUGGAGUUUAAACGCCGGCUGGACCUCGUGCGGUUGGAGCCCCUCCACCGCAGAGAGCUCCGUGGCAAUGCAGCGAGCGGGGCGGCGCGAGGAGCCCUUUCCGCCUCGGUGCUCCUGCCCUCAGCGCAGCCCCGCGUGCAGCGUUGCCAACGGGCUCCCCAGGCGCCGCUGCUGGCAGCGCGGCACCUCGCUGCGUGCAGAGAUGGCCGAGCUCACAGCCCGCUCUGCCCCCGGCUCCGUGCGGAGCGUGCUCUGCGUGGCCGUUUGGCUCGCCGGGCCCUCCCGGCACGGGGUACGGA